CAGGCCCCGAAUUCGUAUCGUUGCAUGCGGGCGCAUGUGUGCGUGCGUGCGUGCGUGGGAAUAAUUUUGAGAAAAAAAAAAAACAAGGUAUAAAUUGUAGGAAUUAAAGUGUGUUGUUGUUGUUGUUGAAAGAAAAACCCCGGCGGUGUAGAGUGUCGUCGCGUGUUGCGUGAUUGUUCGGCGGGCGUAUGUGUAUGUGUGUGUGUAUGUCUGUGUCUGUGUAUGCGUGCGUGUAUGCGUGUCUGCGUGUAUGCGUAUACGCAACCCCCCAAUCCCAACCCCAUAACCAAGACCCAAACCAGCCCCAAAAACUCACGCACACACCCCCUCAAACCGCCCCAUCCAAAACCUCAAAAAUACCCACACGCCCCCUCGGCCUGGGCUCCAGCAAGCCCAAGCCCUCGCCGAACCGCCGCUGCUCGUCCUCCAUCUCGCGGUCUAGCGGGGACGGGCUGUGGCGGCGGCUGCGCAGCAGGGCGUGGAUGGAGGAUGUGCUGCUGGUUGAGGUUGUGGUGGAGGUGGAGCAGAUGGAGCUGGAGGGGGAUAUGCUGCGCAUGUGGCGGGUGGGUGAUGUUGUGGUGGUGGUGUCUGCUGGGUUGGAUGGCGAGGGUGAGGGUGAGGGUGAGGGUGAGGGGGAGGAGGCGGUGCGGAGGCGGAUUAGGGGGGUGAAGGGGUGGGUGCGAGGGGCGGGCAUGGUUUGUUUGUUUGUUGAUGGGUGGUGGUGAGGUUGAAGCGAGUGGUGGUGUGAGUAAAGUAGAGAGCGGCUGAUGGAGAGAUCCGAUCGUAGUGAAAGAGUGUGUGUAUGGACGAAUAUGUCGAACGAGCGUGUGGAGGAGAGAGAAGGCAGUCGUCGUUCGAACCCAAAAAACACAGUCGAGAGGCGGAGACGGGUCGGUAUAUGUGCUUCGUUGACGAUAAGUGACGAUUGAAGAAGAUGAAGGUGUCGUGUCA